CCAUCCAUGCAGAGAAGAAUCUGCAACAACAAAUUGACUCUUCUGCAAAAACACCACAACAACGAACCUUGUUUCCCCGUGUCUCUUAUCUCCCUUUUUCUCAAACUUGUUCCCUUUUCUUUUCUUUAAAGAUGAUGAGUGCUAGUUCAAGUGCAAGAAACAGACUUCCUUUCACUGCAACACAGUGGCAAGAGCUUGAACACCAAGCUCUCAUUUACAAAUACAUAGUCUCAGGUGUCCCUAUCCCACCUGAGCUUAUCUACUCUGUCAAAAGAAGCUUGGACUCUUCAUUGGCUUCCAUAUUCUUACCCCACCAACCUAGUAAGCUUGCUUUCUUCUAUGUAAUUAAAAAACGCCAUCUUCAGUUCCUACCUUUUGUUUUUGCUUUCGUGAAUGAAAUUAAUGGUUUUGUAUUUGUGACUUUUGGGUUCCAGUUGGGUGGGGCAGUUUUCAGGUGGGUUUUGGUAGAAAAACAGACCCAGAACCAGGUAGGUGCAGAAGAACAGAUGGUAAGAAAUGGAGAUGCUCAAAGGAUGCACACCCCGACUCUAAAUACUGUGAAAGGCAUAUGCACAGAGGCAGAAACCGUUCAAGAAAGCCUGUGGAACUCUCUUCCGCAUCAUCAUCAUCAUCAUCAUCAUCAACAACAACAACAAAACCAUUCACAACCCGCUCGCCACCCAUCCACGACCCAGCUGACCAGAACACUACCCAUUUCAAUCCAAGGCCUCCUGGUUCAUGGUUUCCUCAGAACACUACCACUAAUCACAUGUUUUUGGCCUCUGCAGAUAAAAGGUGCAGUCUUUUUGAAUCUCAGUGAAAACAGAGCACUCUGUUUCUUCUUUGUUUACAGGUUUGUGAUUUUUUUGUCUUUGUGGGAUUGUUACAGGUACUUGCAGAGUAUUAGGCAGAGAGUGGAUGAGAGAGUUUUCUUCCCUGAAACUUCUGGGACUACAAGAAGCUCACAAGACUACAAUUGUACAAAUAGUUCCCAUGGCCGCUACUACUGUCAACCACAGCUUCAAAAUACUGAUGACAAUAAUACAAAACCGCAGCAGCAUUUCUUUGUUUUGGGUAAUGAUUUCAGGUCAAUCAAAAUCGAGAAAGAAAAUGAAACCCAGAAGCCACUACGCCACUUCUUUGAAGAGUGGCCACCAAAGAGCACAGACUCUUGGCUUGAUCUUGCAUCCACCUCUUCAAGACUAGGAAAUGACCAGUUGAAGCCUCAAUAAUGAAACCUUUACAUUGAAGCUAAAAAAGCGUACCAAAUAGCUUUUGGUCUUUUACAUGGGGGGAACCUUUUUUCUGUGUCAAAGAAGUGUGGACUCUAUAAUGUGAGCCAGAGGACUUUUGUCUUCUGUUUGUUGUUUUUUUUC